AUGUUGACUGCUAACAGUAUCUUGAGCGUGGUCUUAUCAGUAGUCCAAGUCAUCGUCGGACUUCCGUGCAACGCCCUCAUUAUUGGAGUGUAUGCGGGAAGGAAACCCAAGACGUCCACGGCUCUCUUGAUCAUCUACCGAGCCGUUAUAGACGUCGUAGCGGCAACUAUCAUGGCGCCAAUAGACAUCGUGUAUGUAGUGACCGACCCUGAUUCUUGGUUGUGUUUCUUCGCGAUCAUUUUAAAAGAUAUCCUUUCGUAUUCGUUGCUGACGACGGCUGUAGCUAUCGCAUACGAUCGGUUCGUCGUCGUCUGCACACCGUACGACGGAUGGUCAUCGAAGAAACGAGGCAUCAUCGCGAUCGUCUCAACGGUCUCCGGUUCAGUACUUCUGUCGAUCGGGGGGACGAUCGCCGAACGACAGAAUGAUCCUGGUGCCAUCUGCAGGGCCACUUCGCACCCGUCAUCAAUGACGCAUGCGUGGAUGAAAACGGCUGUGUUUGCAGCCUCGGUAAUCGCGUGCCUGGUCUUCUACUGGCUCGUGUACAUCACGUUCCACAAACAUGCUGCUCAAGGUCAAGCCCGCGCCGGUAGCCGACUAAGUACGAUCAGGGAGGGUCGAAAAAGACGUCGCCUGUUCGGAAAGAGAGAGCAGACAAGAGAAUCGGUAACCUCUAAGUCUUCGAGGAGUGUUCAUGUUCAGAUCGAGCCAGCACCUCCGACGACGACGAUGGGCUUCAUCCACUCCGAAAACCAAUCCGAGGCAAAGUACAGUCUAAACCCUCAGAAAGAAUCCACGCCCACGGAAAUAGAAAACACAGAGAUGUGGCUGAAGCCUCGACUUUUUUCAAUUCAUGGGAGUGAACCUGGUCAACGAAGCCUCAAGUACACGCAAAAUACGCGACCAGAAACAUCGAGAGCUUCAACGAGCAAAGGCAGGAGAAAUCGCUUCUCGGAGUCGAGCGCCGUUUCGCCGAUGUCGGCGAUAAACAUGCCCUGCAAAGAAAGUCGGUCGAUAUCCGUGUCCGCGCUCAUCAGCAGCACUACCGUCAAUAUUCAUCGAAAUAGUCGACCUCGCACCGCAGACAUUUCGAACACGACUGCGAACCGGGAUGCCGUCAAUGAACGUCUGGAUCAAGAGCAUAAAACCACUGUCAUGAUGUUCGCCGUUACCUUCUUUCUCAUCGUCUCAUGGAUCCCCGCGGUCGUCUUCUACCACGUCGGCAAAGUCGACUACGGCAUCGACGACAUGGACGAUGGCAUCGAGCAUCAGAAUGAACUUGUUUUUCUCGCCACACGUUUACCGCAGUUAAACCACUUCGUGAGUUGUUUCAUUUACGCGCUGACCAGUGCAGAGUUCAGGCGGGAAGUUCACAGCAAAAUCCGUAAGUUAGUGCAUUGUGGCAGGCAGCAGGAAAAUCAGUUAGAAGUCUAA